CGAGUCGUAGCCUAGCUCCCCUUGCCUCACCUUGUCUCCCACUCCUCCCUCCCUCCUCACAUCGAGUCCUUCCACAUAGACGCUAAUUUUUACGUUCCGACCUUCAGUUGAACAGCCCUCUCACAGAAACCCCUUCCUCCCGUCGAUUUUAUCUUUCAGACACGUCGCCAUGACUGCAGACUUAUGCGACGACCGGUCACAGGAGUACAGGAAAACUCAGACGAGUAGUCCCGCGAAACGACCUAAAAAAUGCCCCUCGGACUUUCUCCUCGCGACGCCUCUCUGCGACCUCCGACUGGACGACGGCGACGAUCCGGCACAGCCUGCGAUGACGCCGACGCCGUCGAACGACGCCGUUUUUCCGGGAUGCACGGCGCGCCUUGACAAUUUCUUCUCGAUCCGCGACGAGCCGAUCGGCGCGGGCCAUUUCGGCGUCGUGCGGCGCUGCAAGAACAGAGCGACAGGAGAGGUGCUGGCGUGCAAAACUAUUCCCAAGGAUCGCCUGCUGACGGAGUCAGCGCGAGACGACGUGCGGCGAGAGGUAGCGAUAUUGCAGAGCGUGGCGGGGCAUCCUGGCGUGGUGCAGCUGCGAACGGUCUUUGAGGACGAACGAGAGAUCCAUCUCGUCAUGGAGCUCUGCGAAGGCGGCGAACUGUUCGACGAAGUCGUGCGACGAAAGAAGUUACCCGAGAAGGAGGCGGCGCUGAUCUUUCGCCAAAUCGUGUCGGCCGUCGCGUUCUGCCAUUCGCGCGGCAUUGUGCAUCGCGACCUCAAGCCCGAAAACAUUCUCCUCCACCAAUCAUCUCCCGCAAACGGCAAUGCCCCUCAACGGCUUGCGAAAGUAGCCGAUUUCGGCCUCGCGGUGCAAAUCGACCGGCAAACCAAGGCGUGCGGCGUCGCGGGGUCGCCGUUUUACAUGGCUCCCGAGGUGCUAAGCGGAGAAUACGGCUUUGAGGCGGACGUGUGGUCGCUGGGCGUAGUGCUGUACGUGCUGCUGAGCGGCAGCCCGCCGUUUUGGGGCGCGGACGACAACGCCGUGUUCCGCGCCGUGCUGGACGCGCCGUUAGACCUCACGAGCGGCGCGUGGGCGGGGGUGUCGGCGGAGGCCAAGGGGCUGCUCCGCUGCAUGCUGCACCGCGACCCGCGCAGACGACCCUCCGCCGCCAAGCUGCUCUCGCACCCCUGGAUCCUCGUCCACGCCUUCGGCGGCCGCGUCGUGCGGAAGAUCGUGUCGAGACAAGCCAUGGCGACGCUCUCGCGAAUCUCCCUGUCUUGAAGAUGUCUGCCUGAAUGCUUCAUGAUCAGGAGCUGAUUUUGAUUCAUUAUAACACUGCUUCUGCUAGCGGUAACGGGUCAUGAUUGUAGUAUAAUGAUUUGAGUUGGAUGUUUUUACUAAAAGAUCAAUUUUGUA